GACACCGUCAACUGGCCCUCGGGAGCUGAGGCAAAGUGAAUCAUCACUCUCAUUGCCUGACAGAUUAACGACCCCAAACCUCGGAUCUUCCCUACCUUAGUGACGGAGUCACUGAGGCUGAUUUGGAACUGAGCCGCCGAAGGUUUCCUCAGAACAUUUUGUUAAAUACUGAGAUCAGCGGCAGCGGGUUUUGAAUUCGCGAUUUCCGCGCCGUUUGUCUCUCUCCCCGACCUGUCUGCCUGGGCCUGAGGCCGGCGCAAUGGAUUCGGACAAAGAGCCGCCGGCUAAACCUGCUGCAUCGGCAGCAGCCGCCCCGGCCGAGCCGCCCAAGGCUGGAGAGGCGGUCGUGCCCCUGGCUUCCUCUGAUGAUGCGGCCGGACAGCCGGGGCCCAGCAGCGGGGAAGCGGAGGCGGAGGAGGAGGAGGAGGAGGAGGAGGAUGGGAGACAGGACCCCCUUGGGGAGAAGAAAGCGGCGGAGCCGAGGGAAGGCGGCGCCGACGAUGAAGAAGAUGAGGAAGGAGACGCUGUCCAACAGGCCAAGAGGCUGCGGGUGGAGCCGGUCAGAGACAAAAAGGACAAGAAGCAGAAGGUGGACGAGGACGAAAUCCAGAAGAUGCAGAUCCUGGUUUCAUCCUUUUCUGAGGAGCAGUUGAACCGCUAUGAGAUGUAUCGGCGCUCUGCUUUUCCCAAAGCUGCUAUUAAAAGGCUGAUCCAGUCAAUCACAGGCUGCUCAGUAUCUCAGAAUGUGGUGAUUGCCAUGUCUGGUAUUUCCAAAGUCUUUGUGGGUGAAGUGAUGGAAGAAGCUCUGGAUGUCUGCGAUAAAUGGGGAGAAACUCCGCCCUUGCAGCCAAAGCACAUGCGGGAAGCAGUGAGAAGACUUAAGCUGCGUGGACAGAUCCCAAACACAAAAUAUAAGAAAGUUUCAUUUCAUUAAGAGGAGACCAGCAACAGUGAAUGCUCAAAUCUAAACCGAAUUAUGGGGAUGUAUACUGCAUAUUUUGAUGUGUUUUGGGGCUCAUACCAUUUAUCCUUUUGGACUGCUUAACUUUAGGUACUGGGACUUGAAACAGGUUUUCAGUGUUUAUUUUGACAAGGGUAUUAGUACAAAUUCAAAAGGAACCAGAAGAAAUUUCUGGGAGAGUAUAGUUUUCUGGAAAUAUUCAGGGAAACUGUUUAAUUUUAGUAUAUUAAAUAACAUCCCCAACCCCAGAUAUUCUGGAGAUUUUAUGUCCAGUUACCAAUGUUCUGCCUCACUGGGGAAGAGGGCACUCUUACACUCCAUUACAAAAAGAGCCAAAGGGGGAGAGAUAUACAAUUAGCAGACUGCUUCAUUUCUCAUUCAAUAUAUGGAUGGCUGAAAAUUUGUAAAUGAAAACUAAAAACUGGAUGUGUGAUUGUAAAUACAAUCUGGACAGUUCAGGUUAGUUGUUGUUAUGAAUACUAUAAUGUAUUUUGGAGAUCAGCUGAGUUCUUCAGUGUUGCAUAAGUAUAGUAAGUAAUAUUAAGCUGAUUGGUUUGAUAUUUGCUUAACCUACAAAUCGUGUAUAGUUUUUCAUUAUUCCUAAUAAAAUGCAAACUUGUAAAGGCACUGUACAGAAUAUACCGAGAGAAAGACUCUUCUUAAUAAAGUUCUUUGUGCAAAAUUA